AUGUCCACAUCGGAUCCACGGCGUCCCGAUGGACUUUCCAGUGGACUCCUUACAAGUAUGACCAAGCCUACUCCGGCAGAGGUGACGGCCAUCAUCAAUCCUUCUAACAAACGUCGUCUUCUGAUCACCCUCUCUUUCCCACUACUAUUCUUAUUGGCAAUCCCUUUUUGGUGGUACACUACGUCGAUCGAACGUCUGCCUCUACCAGUAUCACGGAUAGAUGCAUUAGCGAAUCUCAGUAUACCCUCUUACAGAGGUAAAAUCUUGUUCACAGCAGACGAAGAUGCGUAUCCGAAAUCUGCUCCUGGUAGACCGGUAUUCGAGAAUAAAGUGAUAUGUCAAUCGUUAGGCAAGGUAGUGACGGAUGGUGUAGAUGUGAUAUACGAGAGGAAAAGACCUCAGAAAAAGAGGAAUUGGGAUUUCAUUUAUGAAGGUGAAGAUGAUCCGAGAGAUCCGACUCCUUUCAGAGUUCACAUCCGCAGGUUUCAACAUGCCAAUACCUCCUGGCCAUUAGAACCAUAUGUGCAACCACCCGAAAAGGGUUUGAUGACCAGUGGGAUCAAGCCUGGUACUUUGAUCAUUCCCGUUCAUCCCGAUCAGAUCAGUGAUAGGAACUUGAAAUUACAUUACAAGAUCGCGAUGAUAAACUCAAUCUUAUCACUCUACCCUCCUGAUCCGCCUACUAUACCACUCAGAGCACUGAAGUAUUCUCCUAACAUCACGCUCAGCUUCGUACUGCUCAAUGAAGAUUCCACGGAAGGUAGCUAUGUGAGAAGUUGGGAGAUAGACGAUGCCAUUCAAGAACAUUUCAUACCUCAUCUAGAACCAUUAAAGGACAUAUUCAACUUUACGAUCGAAUCUCAAAUCUUAUAUCAUGCCCCUCUAACGUUCGAUCCUACUCUCAGCGAUGCCCCUGCCAUUGGGGACCCACAGAUAGAAGCUGCAUUAGAAGCUGCUCGAGAAGGCGACGAGGACGCAGAAGAAGUAGCUAAAGAAUUGAUUCAAGAAGAUAAUGCGCAGACUUGGUUAGUGGGUGAUGAAGACAUGAAGGUGUUUGUCAAUUCGGAACGAUGGUCUCUAGAUUCUGGAAGUACGAAUAAUCCUGUAUUGAGGUUUUUGUUGUACGUUCCCAAGGAGAAACAUCGUCCUAUGAAAUUAGUUGGUCAAGACUCACCCCACUCCUUCCUCUUACCUCAAUUCGGUUCAGUCUACCUCCUCAACCCACCGUCCACCCAACCUUCCUCAGGUGAAACAUACCAUCUACCUUCUUCAGCCUUGACAAGCUCCUUCCAUCUAUUCACCCAACAUCUAUACUCUCUAUUGGCCAUACCAGAGUUAUACGAUCCAGGUAAAAUCCACUUACCUCCCUCGUCUUCGCCUCUUCUUCCCCGUUCGCAACUUUGGCAGCCGAUCAGUUCAUGGCAGAUACACCAGAUAUUGGAAAGUAGACUGAAAGAGAAUCUCGAGGAAAGCAAGAAAACGUUAAUUGGGAUUAAGAGGUUGGUAGAUAAGAUCAAAGAGAUGAAAGUUGGGAAGAACGUAAGGGAUGAUGUGUCAGGUGCUGUAGAGAGGUUGGAAAGUAUCUCAUCUGCGAAAUCACCCUUGGAAAACUUCAUCUUAUCUAGAGAUUCAGUCAACCUAGCCAAUAAAGCUUUCUUCGAUCCUUCAAUGAUGGGUCUAUUAUAUUUCCCCGACGAACACAAGUUUGCUGUGUAUACUCCGCUCUUCGCCCCUAUUGCCGUACCGUUAUUACUGGGAUUAAUCAAGGAGUUUAUAGCUUGGAAGAGAAAAAGGAGAGGUGGCAGUGGAAAUGAUGAUGAUGUCACAGACGAAAAGGCAGAGGCUAGUAUCGGAGUAGAAGACGAGAAGAUUUCAACCAUUGGACUUGAGGAAGAAAGUACGUCUGUCGGAAUAGAACCCAGUGAUAGAGUAUUGCGGUCCAGAUCAAAAGGCUAA